AUGGAGUUUGGAAAAGUUUGGUCCAGACAUCAGAGGACACUGCUGAUCACUAUGAUGAUGUUCAAACUUGGUCUUCUGUGUACAGCUGCAGCAGACAAGUGUCUCUCAUCACCUUGUAACAAUGGUGCAACAUGUCUUGAACACCUGGGUGACUAUGUGUGCCUUUGUCCAAAAGGACCGGUGUGGUACAUGGGCAAAAACUGUGAUGAGCUCUAUGACGCGUGUAUCUUGGCACCUUGCACCAAUUGCACAAGCAGUCCCGGAACUGACAUCUUCACAUGCAACUGUCCGGAUGGUUUCACAGGCACUAACUGCACCCAGGAUGUAGAUGAGUGUGAGAGCAACCCCUGCAAAGGUAUCAAGUCAAACUGUGUCAACAGUAUUGGAGCCUAUUCGUGCCACUGUCCGUAUGGAUUUGGAGCUGAAAACUGUGAGUCUAGUGUCACCACAUGUUCUGAAGAAACAUGCCACAAUAGUGGAACUUGUAUGGACAUUCCUGACAUUGGACAUUAUUGUCAGUGUGAUGCUGGAUUCCAAGGAGCCAACUGUGAAGAAAACAUCAAUGAAUGCGAAUCUGCACCAUGUCAAAAUGGUGCCAUCUGUAAAGAUGGCAUCAAUGGCUACCAGUGUUUCUGUGUGCCUGGAUUUCAAGGCUUCCACUGUGACUUGGACAUAAAUGAGUGUGCCUCUCAACCCUGUCAAAAUAAUGGUACAUGUUUGGAUGAAGUGGACAAUUACAGCUGUGAUUGUGUUGAAGGCUUCAAAGGGAUUAAUUGUGAAGUAGAGAUUGAUGAGUGCGAAGUACAACCCUGCCAGAACGGCGCUACCUGCCGAGACUAUGUUGCCAUGUACACGUGUGAUUGUAUGGACGGCUUCCGGGGUCAAGACUGUGAGGUCAACAUUGAUGAAUGUGCCAGCAUGCCAUGUCUAAAUGAUGGCCAUUGCAUUGAUGGGGUCAACAGAUAUAAGUGUGACUGUGCGGGGACGGGCUUUGAAGGUGACAACUGUGAGGAGGAUAUUCCUGAAUGUGCUUCUGGUCCAUGCCAGCAUGGAGGAACUUGCUUGGAAGGGAUCAACCAGUACAAAUGCCUUUGUUGGCCAGGUUACAAUGGAGAGAAUUGUCAAGUGGAUGAAGACGAGUGUGAGCAGUACCCCUGUGAGAAUGGUGGUGAAUGUUUCCAGCGUUCAAACAUUGAGAACUAUGGCGUACUCGCUGAACUCAGCACUGCAAAUUUUUCCUAUGAAGAAGCAGCUGGAUUCAUCUGUCACUGUCAACCUGGAUUCACAGGAGAAAAUUGCUCUAUCAAUGUGGAUGAGUGUGAGUCUGCUCCAUGCCAGCAUGGAGGAAGCUGCCAGGAUUCAAUCAACUCAUAUCGAUGUUUGUGCUCAGAUGGAUUUACAGGUGUGCAUUGUGAAGUGGAUAUAAAUGAGUGUGACAGCAACCCCUGCCAGAAUGGUGCCACAUGUGAGGAUGCUGCCAACUCUUAUAUAUGUCACUGUCCUGCACCGGAACUGGGUAGAUUGCCAUUGGGUGGGCGCAACUGUGAUGUUCUCCUGGUUGGCUGCCAGCAGCACCAAUGUCAACAUGAUGGCAUCUGCAUUCCUCUGCUGACGGCGUAUGGCGAGCACAGCUACACGUGUCAAUGUGGGCCAGGCUGGACGGGAGAACUGUGUAACACUUCUACCACUUUUUCCUUCAACUCAGAGGGUUAUGUCCACAUGCAGUUACCCAUUUCGAAAAACAGAGCAAGGCCAAGUACUGGUGACCACAUCUAUGGACUUCAUAUGCAGCUAAGAUUUAGGAGCACUUUGCCUGACAUGUUGUUGUACCAUCGUGGUACCAUGGAAAACUUCAUCUCCCUUGAAUUGGUGCGGGGCUCUCUACAGGCAAGGUUAAAAUCUGGGAGAUUGAUAGAGGUCACAUAUCCAGGUCAAGUCAACGACGGCGAAUGGUACCGAGUUACUGUGACGAUGGAUGAGAGACUGAUUAUGAUUAUAGAGGGACCUGGCUGUAAGGGAGGAUGUCGAGUGAAAAAUGAAGUGUACAACCAUCUGAUAUUCUUCCGGUCAAAUUCCUUUCAGCAGCUGUACGUAGGAGGAGUGCCAAAGGAAUAUUUGACAUUCACAUUAAGUGGGAAGGGUUACAUUGGCUGCAUGGAAGACCUUAGAGUUGACCAUAAAUUGCUACUGCCUCAGGACCUCAUGAGAGAGGAAAACACAGGCUUGGAAUUGGGAUGUGUCAAGGAGGAUUUGUGCCGUGACGACCCUUGCAAACAAUUUGGGUUUUGCGUAGACAUGUGGGUAGUGGCCAAAUGUCAGUGUCACCGACCAUACUUUGGAGAAACAUGUGACAAAGAAUACCCAUCCUGGACCUUUGGUCAUGAGAACACUACAAGCUAUGCUGCCUUUGACAUCACCGAAACCCAUGGAGAAAAUUUCACCAUCUCCUUCAUUAUGCGUUCUCUUAAAAAAAGUGGACUUCUUCUCCAGUUUCGCCGAGAGGAAAAGUCCUACCUGACAAUCUACCUGAAGGAAGCUACAGUUGCCAUCUACAGCCCUUACACAACGCUCUUGUCAGAGGCUAAGUUUGUCUCCGAUGGAAAAAGUAAUUUGGUGACAAUCAAAGUAAGAUACGGCCAUGUGUUCUUCCCAAUCGCUGGAAACCAUCGGGCCUUAGGGAAUGUGAGCAUAGAGGCAGGGGAUGUUGUGUAUGUUGGAGGACUCCCUGAAAGUGACAAUGAGAAUGACUGGGGUGGAAAAUUCAAGGGCUGUCUGCAAGACAUUCGACUAGAUGACAAGCAUUUGUCUUUUGUGGACUACAAAGAAGAGGUGGACAUUUAUCAGGCAACUGCAGAGAAGAACAUUCUGCCAGGAUGUCAAAGUGACAAUACAUGCAAGAAUGAACCUUGUGUCAACGGUGGCAAGUGUCAGAUCACCUGGAAUGAUUUCAAGUGUGACUGCUCCAUUAAUUUCUCUGGGAGACUAUGUGAGAAACGUUUGUGGUGUGUCGAAAACCCUUGCUUUGAAGGAGGGAAAUGCGUCGACCUUUGGGAUGGUUAUGAGUGCUUGACUGAAGCCAUUUUCCAGGACAAUGCUCUCGAGUAUUUUGCCAACAGCUCCCUUUUGAGCCCAGUAACAAACAUUACAAUGGACAUUAGAACACGGGACGAAAAUGGUAUCUUGCUGAGGGCUGAGAACCGACCAGAGGUAUUCUGUUUGGGCCUCCUUAACUCCACACUUCUGGUCAAAAUGGACACCGGAACAAGUGCAGAGCUGCUAGCUUUUACCAGUGACAGGAUCAUCGCAGACGGGGCCUGGCAUCGAAUUCAUUUGACAAUGAUUGACCCUGCACAAUCGGUGUCCCGAUGGCGUCUCACUGUAGAUGGUCAGACAGCAGGUUGUAGCCUUGGGGUUGGUGGUAACCUUAACUUCCUUAAUGAUUCAAAAAUUUGGCUGGCGGAGAAAUUUGCUGGAUGUUUGGGGGAAGUUCGAAUCAGCGGAAUCUACCUACCAAUUUUCAGUGUGCCAGAUGCUCCUCAGACAAGUCAUUUCUCCAGACUGAGUGGACAUGAGCCUCACUUAGGAUGCCAGGGUGCUCCAGUUUGUGACUCUCAGCCAUGUCUUAAUCAGGGUGUGUGCCAUGACCAUUUUAAUGAGUUUAACUGCAGCUGCAACCCAGGGUGGGAAGGAGAACUAUGUGAGGCCGAAAUAAAUGAGUGCUCUUCUGGACCCUGUGUCUACGGGACAUGUACAGACCUUCUGGCAGAUUACCAGUGUGACUGCGAGCCUGGAUAUAUAGGGAGAAAUUGUCAGGAAGAAGUGGACAACUGUUUGGAAUUUGGUUGCUUGAACGAGGGGAUCUGUGUAGAAACAGGGGCAACUCCUACCUGUGUGUGUCCUCCUGGAUACGUGGGAAAACGCUGCCAGCGGCGAUUCCCUCCUGUGGCAUGUGAUGCCAAAACAGAGUGCCUUAACGGAGGAGUUUGCAUUGGAGGCGAUACUGGUGGGAACUGCACCUGCAAGCCUGGGUACACUGGUGGCAGGUGUGAGACAGAAAUAGACGAAUGCAGCUCUAGCCCUUGUCUUAAUGGUGCCACCUGUCUAGACAGACUCAACCACUUUCAGUGUGUAUGUGUGCCAGGCUACAGUGGCACAUUGUGUGAGAGCAAUAAAAAGGAGCAAAAGGAGCGGAUCCCUUGGCUGGUGGUGACCAUUCCCCUCAUCACUUUAUGCGUAUUAAUAGCUAUUCUAGUUGUCUUUUUCCUCAUCAUGACGGCCCGGAAGAAACGUCAGUCAGAGGGCACCUACAGCCCGAGCUCACAGGAGGUGGCUGGAGCCAGGCUGGAAAUGGGCAGUGUACUCAAAGUGCCCCCCGAGGAGAGGCUAAUCUGA